AUUGGGCCACUGCAGGGCCACUGUAAACUCAGCUACACUUUUGUUUUGAAAGUUGUAACCGGAAGCGCUAUAAGGCUUGAGUCUCGCGGAGACGGACUUUUGGUGGACUGUGAACUCGCGAGAUGAGUCCGACUGGCCGUGGGUCUUUCCUGUACUAACGUUUAACUUUCCUUCCUUCCUACCACAUCUUAAGUUAAUAUAGUGAGAGUCUCCCCUGUUCAGAGGUCAAAUGAAAGCUGUAAUUCUCGCCGCCGGGUACGGAACCAGGCUCCAGAAGGACGUGGCUGCCGACAGCAGCGGGAGGUUUGCUCACCUGGCUGGGACCGCCAAGCCGCUGCUGCCGGUGGGCCGCGGCGCGCUGCUCUCUCUCUGGGUCCGAGCCCUGACCGCGGCCCGCUGCGUGGACUGCAUCCAUGUGGUAACCAACGCUGUUUACCAUGCUGCGUUUGAAGAGUGGGCAUCACAUUUCACAAAUGUCAAGAUUCUCAGCGAUCAGACGACAAGCAAUGAAGGCCGCCUCGGGGCUGUGGCCUGUCUGCAGCUGGCCGUCAAGCACUUCAACAUAGAGGACCAUGUCUUAGUUAUUGGGGGAGACACGCUGUUUAAAGAAGAUUUCAGCCUGAAGAAAGUAAAGGAGAGGUUCAAUGAGCUCCAGGCAGAGAGUGAGGACAGCUGUCUGCUGCUGUCCUACCAGUGCCAAGAGGAGGAAACUAGUAAAUACGGGAUAUUGGAAGUAGACAGUGAUCUUCACGUCCUCUGUAUGAAGGAGAAACCUCUUUCUGCAGAGACACAGUCGAGGAGAGCAUGUCCCUGUUUCUAUAUGUUUUCAAAGAAAAGCCUUCCUCUGUUGGAGAACUUCCUGGAAGAAAAGAAGGAGGCUCCCAUUGAAGAGAAAGAUGCCCCAGGAAACUUUGUCUCCUGGCUCAUUCCCAGGCACCUUGUCUGUGGAUUUUUCAAUAAACGAGACUGUUUUGUUUCUUAUAGGAAGCCAGUAUACAUUCAUGAGAUUUCUGGGCGUUUUGAUGUCGGAAACUUGCCGUCCUAUAUUGAAUGUGACCUGUACUUCAGAGAAACACUUCAAGAUGUCGAGUCUUACAUGGUGUAGAGGAAACUGAGAUGAACUGAAGCACCAUAUUUAUUUUUGCCAUGUUCAAAAAUGAUCCAAGACCAGCAGAUAAUCAGUCAUUUUCCAAUUAAUAUUUUCUAUUAAAAAUUGAUUUUUAAA